AUGACCUCAUCGCAGACCAAAUUUACUACUGGAGAUGAAGAGGAUGAAACCAAGAAACACGUAGGAGACGAGUACUUCCUAACGUCUGGUGACAAGAUCCGUUACUUUCUCGAGGAGGAAGCACUUGGCGCUGAUGGCAAGCUCAACCGACCCAAGGAGCUGGCAGUCAAUAAAAUCGGACACGCGCUUCAUGAACUCGAUCCUGUCUUCAGGGAUGUAACUCUGAACAAUCCCAAGUUAAAAGCUUUGGCACGGGAUUUAAAAUUCCAUUCUAAUCCGCUAGUUCCCGAACAUAACGACUCUACAUUUCUCUAUACUUCUCCCCCCUCUGCACUAGGCUUUUGGUUCGCAUUGGAACCAUGCACAGCUUCAAACGGUGCUCUGUCAUUUCUUCCUGGGUCUCACUAUACUACAGAGGUCACCAAACGAUUUGUAAGGAUGCCCGAAGGCGGGACGGGAUUCGAAAAGAUCGAUCAAAUUGAGAAACCCCUCGGCCUAUUACCCAAGUCCGCCGCCAGCCCCCAAGCUGAUGAUUCAGAAUAUGUUCUCGAGACCUGCGGGGCUCUGGUCCUCAUUCAUGGAUCAGUACUUCACAAAUCAGAGAAGAACGAGUCCCAACUCACUCGCUACGCUUAUACAUUCCACAUGAUCGAGUCUCCACCAAUUGCCUUGUACGACCACAAGAACUGGCUGCAACCAACCUCGGAAAUGCCAUUUUCUCCACUUUUUGGCGCAGGAGAAGCGAUCAAAGCGUAG